CGUGGUUUGUGGUAGGGCAAUGGCGGCGACCUAGACUGGCACGGGGGUCUGGGUUUUGUGUGAUGUCUGUCCUGAGAUUGGGAGUCUUGUCCAGGCUUCUGCGUGAAAAGGUGGAAUCGGUGACAGGGCUUUGUCCACAAUGCAUGAAGGCGCUUGAAUUGGGAUGUCGAUGGAAUAGUGUGUAUAGGUGGUCUUCUUCUGCCAAGCCAAAAAAUGAAGCAAGUGAACGCAGCAGUAGGACAGAUCUACUGGAAGUUUUAGAGACCCGGGUCGAGCAGUUGCAAGCUGAAGAAGCCCUUUCUGUGUCGGAGGGUAGGAAUGCUACACCUUCACAGAGUACAAAGUCCCUCUCUCCCAUUCACAAGGAAGAAGAAAAGGGAGACUUGAAACAUGCUCCCCAAACUCCAAAGCGUUGGAUGGAAAAACUAAUAUCUGAACAGAAAACAAUGCAUCUGAGACAAGGUCGGCUGGAUAAGAAUAACUUACGUACUAAACGGAAGCAUCUACAGACUUUAGAGUGUAAAAGCAACUUUGAGAUAAAAUUUAAAAGAUGUCACUCUAAACUGAAACCGUCUGUCACACCACCUGCAGAGGGCACUGGAGAGAAGGAGAUGCUGAAGACAAAAUCUAACAUGUAUAAGAGCGUCACCAGGGAAACAACACUACAGGACAAAGAGGGUAACCGUUAUGGUGGCAUUCAGCUGAAUAUCCUUUGUUUUAUGGAGACCUGCAUAUUUUUGGGACACUUGGAUAAAGCCCUUAACUGUCUGAGUUAUUAUCACCAAAGCAUAGCACGACGCAGCCUGCUCUCCACAGCUAUGUACAACUUGCUAAUUAAAGGCUUUGCCAAACAGGGCUCUUUGUCUUAUAUAGGGCAGGUCUUCAGUAUGUUGGAGGAGGCGGGGGUGAAGCCAAAUAUCAGCUCCUAUGCAGCAACCCUGGAGUGCAUGGGCCGCAGGGACUGUAAUGCCAAGGCUAUUAAGAGGUGUUUGAAUCAAAUGAAGAAAGACGGCUUUUCCACUGACCAGCUGUUUCAGGAUUAUCCAUACCAAGAUGACGAGAAAGACAUGGUGCUUAAAGCCUUGAACACAGUCAACCCACACUUUGAGCCGCCCACUAGACCGAAAAUCACCUGCAACUCCCCUCUUGUUGCUGAAUUUUACAGUAAGGACUCUCCCUCGCUAUAUCCUAAGCUUGAUUUCAACGUAUCUGAGCUGCAUAGUUGGUUUGAGGAGCAACUGAAUGUAGAGAGCAGUGACACAAUAACUAUCAAUUCUGUAGAAUCCUCCAAGCCAGUUUCAGAAGGAAGAAAUGAAGCGAGGGAUCAGCUGGAUUCUCUGCACUCUCACUGGAGAAAAGCACUGCUCGACGCUUUCCAUGACUCCAAGAAUCACCUGGAAUGGAUCAGCAGGAAGUCACGCAAAAUAAACCUGUACCCGUUCCUCUGUCUACUGGAAGAGGAACAGUAUGUGGAAAUCAUGCUGCAGUCCCUCACCCGCAUGCCUCCUACUGGUGAAUCAUUCCUUUUGAUGUCUCGGGAACUGGGAUCCAAGAUCUACAACAGAUUCUCAAUUCGCAGGAAGUUGAAGGGACAACACUUAGACAAGAUUAGACAUUUAUACAUGGAAUAUUGCCAACUCCUGGCUAAAGAUGGGCAGGUGUCAGAAGUCUUGCCGCGGGAGAUGUGGGAGCAGCUGGAAGAACAGCAUUUUGGUGGCUCUUGUCUGCUUAACAUGGACACUCCAUGGCCGAACUCUUUGCUAGUGCAGUUGGGGACUCAUCUGGUUGACAUGAUGGUGCAAGAGAUAAAAAUACAAAACAACCUAUUAAGUCCUCGGAGUGAAACAAAGCUCAUCCCUGUGCUGUACCAUAUGUACUCCUUCCGUAGCACCCGCCAGAUUGGACUAAUAAAGCCACAUCCCAUAUUCAGCCAGUUAUUGCUGGAUGCAGGUGAUACCAGCCUCACCUUUGAGUCAUCUGUUAUGCCGAUGUUGUGCCCACCAGUGCCAUGGACAUCUCCGCGUUUUGGAGCUUACCUACUGACCCCUGCCAAACUUAUGCGCUGUACAGAAGGUGCUGUGCAACAUCAGUUACUGUUGGAGAAAAGUCCUCCAGGCCAACUGCACCCAGUACUUGACUCGCUCAACCAGCUUGGCUUGUGUGCAUGGCGCAUCAACCAGCCUGUGCUGGAUAUCAUCAUAUCUAUAUUCAAUGAAAAAGGCUGUGAAAAACUUGACAUCCCACCUCCUCUUUCUGAGGCUCCUCAAUUGCCUGUGCAGCCCUAUGGAGAUCUGGCCUCAUGGGAUAAGAUGGCGCACCAGCGAGAACUAUCUCGUUGUCGGAAAAAAUCAGCCGAAAUGUACAGUCUGCGCAUGGAUGCACUGUAUAAGUUAUCUGUUGCAAAACACUUGCGGGACCAGAUCUUUUGGUUUCCUCACAACAUGGACUUCCGUGGACGCACUUACCCAUGCCCACCCUACUUUAAUCAUCUGGGCAGUGAUGUAACAAGAGCUCUGUUACUUUUCGCUGAGGGUCAGCAGCUGGGCCCACAGGGCUUUAGUUGGUUAAAGACCCAUCUCAUUAACCUGACUGGGCUCAAAAAGAGAAAUUCAAUAAGGGAAAGACAAGAUUAUGCUGAAGAGAUAAUGGAAGAGAUACUGGAUUCUGCAGAUCGCCCACUCACUGGCAGAAGGUGGUGGAUGGAAGCAGAUGAGCCCUGGCAGGCACUAGCUUGCUGUAUGGAGAUUGCAAAGGCCUCUCGUUCCCCUGAUCCUACAAAAUACAUCUCCCACUUCCCUGUGCACCAGGAUGGUUCAUGUAAUGGUCUCCAGCAUUAUGCUGCCCUGGGAAGAGAUGAGAUUGGAGCAAGGUCUGUGAAUCUGAUGCCCUCUGAAAUCCCGCAGGAUGUGUAUAGUGGAGUAGCGCAGCAGGUGGAGGCAUUUCGGAAAAGAGACGCACAACAUGGUGUGAGAAUUGCUCAGGUCUUGGAUGGAUUCAUCGGUCGUAAGGUGGUGAAGCAGACAGUAAUGACGGUGGUGUAUGGAGUGACUCGGUAUGGGGGCCGGCUCCAGAUAGAGAAGAGAUUACGCGAACUGGAAUCCUUUCCACAGGAGUAUGUGUGGGAGGCAUCCCAUUACCUUGUCCAGCAGGUGUUCAGCAGCCUGAAAGAGAUGUUCUCUGGAACAAGAGAGAUCCAGCUCUGGCUGACAGAAAGUGCUCGCAUGAUUUCAAAGUCAGGAAGCACAGUAGAGUGGCUUACACCUCUAGGCCUACCCAUAAUACAACCCUACCACCGUAACAAGCAAAUGAUGUUUCACAGCAACUUGCAAAUGGUCAAUCUACAGAACAGCCAUGAUGCUGAUGAGCGUCCGGACACCAUGAAGCAGAAAAAUGCCUUCCCCCCAAACUUUAUCCACUCCCUGGAUUCCACACACAUGAUGCUCACUGCCCUGCACUGCUACAAGCAUGGCCUUACUUUUGUGUCUGUUCAUGACUGUUUUUGGACCCACGCACACACUGUGGAUAUAAUGAACAAGGUGUGCCGAGAACAGUUUGUAGCCCUGCACAAGCAACCAAUAUUACUGAACCUGUCAGAAUUCUUGCUGAAGAAAUACUGCCCAAAUGUCAUGUCAGAUGGUAAAAACAAAAGAUCCCCUGAGAAUCUCAGAAUGAUGCUCCAUUUCAACAAAGUUCCUGAAACUGGGAAAUUUGACCUGGAUAAAGUAAAGGAUUCUACAUACUUUUUUAGCUGAUCUAAAUGUGCUGCCUGUUACAUAACUGUCCAGCAGGGGUCACCAUUUACACGUACUGGGAGCAGUGAACUGAGCAGAGCACUGCAUCACUAGCAGUGAUUUUGUCUAUACUUCCUGUGGAAGCUGGUCAUAUAUUUAAUAGCCAUGGGUGUGCUGAAGCCUUUGUGUAUGCCAAUCAGCUUGUACAUUUUUGGGGUGUAAAUCACUGUAAAUAAAGCACAGCUGUUUUA